CCCAAGUGUCUUCUUCGUGGUCUCUUCCUCUGCGGGAUUUCUAGGGUUUCUCAGGAAUGGUACGAUUUUGUAGUUGUGAACGCUUCGAAUCAUCAAGAAAAGGGAUGAUUUUUUACAGGAAAGUUCCCUUGGAUGCAUAGGCAUAUUUUUCUGAAUGAUGCUGGAUGGUUACAGGCAAACUAGUGAGGAACAUGCUUCUUGAUCCAACUUUAUGGCGGAAUAUCACGUCGAUGCUGACAAACAGGAAAGCCUAUUACCUUUAGCAGAAGAUGCCUUUCAUCCUGAAAACGAUCCCCAAAUGGAUUUUAGUUCAUACUAUAGACAGACAAAGUUUUCCAAAAUGAAAGCUGUUAAUGAAGAUGGCCCAAAGUCUUUAAAGAGGGCUAGUACUUCUGAAAACAUAGCUUUGGAGGAGGAAACUCAUACCAACAGAAAGACUGACAAGUGGAGUUCUCCAGAUGGCCAGUUUACUGAAUUGGCUGGGAGCAUUUCCCCUGAUCCUCAUGCACGGAGGAAUCGAAGCACUAGUGUAUCCCCAAAACGUUGUUGGAGCAUAUCAAACAGGAGUCUAAGCCGUAGUCCUUCUCGUGUUUCAACAUUUGGAUCUAAGAGAUGGGAGAACAGAGGGAGAACAAGAGAAGGAUUAAUCAUACAUGAUAGAGACUUCCCUGACUGUAAAGGUGGUUCCAAGAGAGCAAAUUGGGAUGGCAUGACUGCAGUUCAAACCACAAGGAGAAGUGGUAUAACCAAUAAAGAGAUCAAAGGCUUGGUUCCGGCACUUGAUCAAAGUGACGACUUGGGCAGGAGCAUCUCCCCUGGCCUUGAAUCAUGGAGGCGGCAUACCUAUAAUAUCAAUCCAAAACAUGGUUGUAGCCGGUCAGAAAGGAAUUUUAUAUCCAAUAAAGAUGGUGCCAAGAUGUCAAAUUGGGAAACUGCAUCUGGAGACCAGACUACAAAUGAAGAUGGUUACUCUAGAAGACAUGGUGGUGUAUGGGGUGCCGCACUUGAUCGAUUUGAGGAAUUAGACCAGAGCAUUUCUGUUGAUCACCAGAGAUGGCGGCGACGAAGUCAUAGUAUUUCCCCAAAACAUAGUUGGCGUAUAAGGAAAAGGAGCAGGAGUCCUAGUCCACCGCUUGGUUUAAAGUCUGAAAUGGAGAGCUGGAAUACCAGGGGUAGGACAAGCACAGGAGGAUCAGCUGCGGCCUAUAGAGAUUUUGCCACCGAGAAGCUUGCGAAAGGCAGCCACUUAAGAGAACUUGGUGAGGAUGAUGCACGGAGACAUUCUGAUAAUGCUUCUAGAGAGUUUGGGGAAGGCAGGUUUGAAAGAGGAAGAUACUUGCGAUACCACAGCAGGGAGAAUUUUGAUGAUUUGUUGGAGCAAAAGGAUUUUUCACGGGACAGGCUUUUGCAAAGGGAACCUUCUCACCAUGAUGGCAAUCGGGAAAAGCAUGAGCAUCAUCAAAAUAACAGGUCAACUGAUCACCAUUACAUUUCCACAAAGGAAAGACGUCUUCGAGUCUCAACAUGCAAUUAUGAUCAUUAUGAUGUCAACUCUCACAGCCAGUGGUCAAUGAGAGACGGGGCCAGAGAAAGAAACUAUGAUAGAAGAGAUGCAGAUUCACCUUUCAGGCAGAGGCUUAAGUCUCGCAGAGUUAGCGAUACACCUUGCAAAUACUUUGCCGUAGGUCAUUGCCGGCGUGGUGAAGAUUGCAAGUUCUCUCACCAACCUUCACAUGGACAUCCUAAAGGCAGGCAGCAGGAUGAUAAGCAAGACUAUAAUAUGCGGACUGAGACAGCUCCAUCAUUGAGUGGUUCAGAGAGGAAUAAUAAGUUAUCUACCAUGGAUGUGCAUAUUUCAUCACAUGGAAUGCAUAAUGGCAAUGACUCAAGAAUGAGUAAUUCUUCCUCCAUGGAUGAUGAAUUAUUAAGAAAAUCUGAUGCCCAAUUUAAAGCUUCUCAGUCUCCAGAGCAGGAUAUAACUCACGAUACUUUUGAACGAUAUGAUUCUGCUAUUCAUGCAGACAUGAUGAGCAAGAACACUCAUAUGGAGCAAAUCAUCAGCAAUAAAGAGCAAACAUCCAGCAAAGGAGGGUAUGUUGUGGGUGACAUUGCAAGAUCGAAAACUGAGAUGGAUUUUGUUACUACUCCAUUUCCUGCAGUUUCUUUCACUGAGAAAUGCUUGUCAAGGAGCAGAUCUGAGCAACAGUUGGACCCUGUGCUACAUAGUUUUGCAUCAAAUGCUCAGGAUAUGAAGGGUGACAUUCUAUCUCCUUCUGGGAAAACUGUACAAGAAACAGUGUGUUCAAUUGUGCCUAAUGGGGAUUUCCAAUUAGGAAUUGGUCAAAGUCUGUCGCCAACCAAUCAGCAAAUGCAUUUUGCAUCUCAAGUUGGACACAGUGAGCAAAUUCAUCUGAGUCCUGUGUCUCUGAGACAACAUGCUCCUGAAGGGCAGUGUGAUCAGCAAAUGGAUUCUGCAGCUCAAGUUGGGUAUAGUGAGCUAAUUCAGCAAAGUCCUGUGUCUCAUGAAAACGGUCUGAGCCAACAUGUUCCAAAAGGGCAGUGUAAUCAGCAAAUACAGCAGAGUCCUGUGUCUGAUAAAAAUGGUCCAAGCCAAAGUAUUGCUAAUCCAGUUGUUCCGCAAGGGCAAAGUAAUCAAAUAUUCUCACGAGAUCAUCUCAACAUACAACCGAUAUUGAUUAGUGAUGAUGAAUCAGACCAACAGGCAGGUGACUCAAAUGAGAUAACUUCUCAAGUCACUUCUGGAACUUCUGCAAGCCAAGUAGUAGUAAUCACCGACGAGGUUGCUCAUGUAACAAACCUUUUAUUGUCUCCUUCUCAAGUAUGCCAGCAACCUUCACAACCUGAUGCAAUUCUAACACCCAUUGGAUCCGCUGGUUCAACAUUGUCACAGAUAGCUUCCAAACCAAGUAUGGUGAAACUUCCCUCACCUCCACUGGUAUCUUCUCUUGAUGGAAGUCAGGGAUUUGUGGCGCCACAUCAUAAUCAGACUCCUGCAUCUAACAGUUAUGAGGAUGCACAUUUGGAUGACAAUGAAAAUAGACAAAAUAAAAUACUUGAGUUACAUCAUAAUCAGACUCAAGUAUCUGAUAAUUGUUACAAGGGUGCACAUUCAGAUGAAAAUGAAAAUAGACAGAAUGGAAAAUUAGAGCUCAAGCAGGUCGAGCAUGUUGAGGAGGUAACUGUGUCAAUCAAGAGCUCACAUUCAGAUGAAAAUGAAAAUGGACAGAACGGAAAAUCAGAGCUCAAGCAAGUCGAGGAAGUAACUGUGUCAAUCAAAAGCCAAAAUGAGAAAGUACAUGUGCCUCCUACAGAGGAAGUUGAUCAUGAUGCACAGAUAGAUGGCGAGAACAAGAAUACCAAGGAAAUAAAUGGGAUGAAGAUGUUCAAGUUUGCACUUGUGGAGUUUGUAAAAGAUCAGUUGAAGCCAACCUGGAAGGAAGGCCAUUUAAGCAGAGAAGCUCACAAAGCCAUUGUUAAAAAGGUAGUGGAUAAAGUCACCGAUUCAGUGAAAGGCCCCAAUUUCCCUCAAACUCAACAUAAGAUCAAUCAAUACAUGGAACACUCCAAAUCAAAACUAACCAAGCUUGUACAGGCAUAUGUUGCAAGAUCAAUCAAAAGCUGACCAACUCAUGCUCCAAAAAACCAGACGACCAAUGUAUUUAUUUCACUGGUUUACAUCAGAUGGUUGUUUGUAAGAUCUAAAAUUUUCACAAUCUCUGUCUAUUGCUUCAGCUGUGUGCAGUUGUUGUUACUUAUGCUUGUACCAGUAACUGGUUCUAGUUCAAUGAAAUUGGUAACAUUAAAGUGGCAA